AUGUGUAUGAAGGCUACCUGCUCGACCUGCAACAAGGCCUCCUGGUGGGGCUGUGGAAGCCACAUCCCUUCGGUGAUGGACUCGAUCCCCGAGGCUGAGUGGUGCUCUUGCACUCCUCAGGUCGAUAAGGAUGGGAAGAAGUACCCUCCCAAGGCCGCCAAGGCCGAUUGA